CAUACAACGCCCUCUAGGUCCUCAGACGUCAAACAAACAUUUUCGGGAGGGGAUUUCCACAGACCAGUUUCCUUUACUUGUUUUGCUUUCGAUCUGGGCAACAGAAAUUGGCUCAUUUAAGUUUUCGUUUUGCUAUUGGAAUUCACAUAUUUAACGUAAACUUCUGAGGACUAACGAGAUCAACGGUGCCUUAUUCAAAACGCAGGGCUAUUUCAUAAGACCAAAAUGCCAGUGGAAAGAAUGCGGAUGAGACCAUGGCUUGAAGAACAAAUCAACUCGUGUAAAAUCCCAGGGCUCCGAUGGGUUAACAAAGAAAAGAGGAUAUUUCAGAUCCCCUGGAUGCACGCGGCACGCCACGGCUGGGACGUGGAGAAAGAUGCUCCGCUCUUCAGGAACUGGGCCAUUCACACAGGGAAAUAUCAACCAGGGGUGGACAAGCCAGAUCCAAAGACAUGGAAGGCUAACUUUCGCUGUGCCAUGAACUCUCUGCCCGACAUCGAGGAGGUGAAAGAUAAGAGUAUCAAAAAAGGAACAAAUGCCUUCAGGGUUUAUAAAAUGCUCUCCCCUUCAGAGCGACUAACAAAGAGAGGCAAAAAAAGAAGUGAAAAAGAAGAGAAGGUAAAGAUGGAGCCCUGUUCACCUGCCUGGGAACACAGCAAUGGCUUCUCCUACAGGCCCGUGCUGGUGAAAGAGGAAGUGCCACAAGACUACACGACCCCACCGAUGAGCCGCAGUCCUGAAGAGGACCACCUGAUCAUCAGCGACCUGCCGGACGUGUGCCAGACCAUCGAGGUCAUCACGGAGAACGAGGAGCCGUCGGUCACCUCCAGUCACCCCUACCCACUGCAGAUCUCCCCCGUGUCCACCUACGGAGACAGCGACACAGACAGUGUGCACAGUGAAGAGGACAGUAAAGAGGCGUUUUGGCACCCUCUCCACAAGGUUCAGAUGAGGAAGCCGACCAUCUCUCUGCCCGGCAUGGCCACGUUCGUCUCGUCGAGCAAGACGCCCUUCUCGGUGACCAUUAGCCAAGCGCCGCUGGCCUCGACAGGGAUGGGCCCCUGGAUCGUCCCCGCCUCCCAGCCAGGCGCCAUGCCAGCAGGGCCCUCGGGGCAGACGUCCACGUCGUCCACGUCCGGCCACGAGACGCGCGCCAGCGUCAUCAUGAAGACCUCCGACGUGUCCAAAUCCGUGAAGAGCUGCUGAAGAAAGCUGAGAGGGACACAGGCUGGCUCCCUCUGCUCAUCUUUCCAAAAAAAUAAAAUAAACAAAAAGAACAUUACAUAGGACCAGAGAGGGGCAGUUUUGACCAACCCCUCCACCCACCCCACUCUCCCAGGAACAUAGGACAUGUGGUGGGGUGCUGGCCUCCUUAGGAAAUUAUGAUCUAAUGAACUCCCUGAGUCAGGCAAACUUUGCCAGGUCAUAUAUACGAUCGCAAGCACUGGCUGUACAUGAGACUGGUGACGAAAGGCAAGAAUGAUGGAAUAUGGGUGUGUAACACCUCCACUGCAGGGACGAGGGCUGUGCCUCAAAAAAAGCAGCCAGACUCAGGUGAGGUUGCGGGACGGAUUGUGAAUAUGUACAUAACCUGUGUGACGUCUGCGUAAUUGUGAGCAGCUUCUGCACCUUAUUAGACGAGCGUUUAAAACGGGUGAAUCUGUGGCCUAUCUGGGGAUCGUGCAAAACGUCCUCUCGAUGGGGAUACCCCUCUGAUGACAGUCACAAAAACAAAAAAACAAUUAGUGAUUGCCUCAGUGUGGGUGUCAAAGAAAAAAAAAACUAAUGCACUCAAUAGGCUCAUUCGACAUGUAGCAGUCUUAAGACGACCGCAGACGUGAUUAUUUCUGAGAUUCUGAUACGUUUUCAACCAUGAUACAAGGAUGCAAGGAGUUUUAUUUGUCACAUGCAUAUCAUUACUAAAGUAAAGAAUGCAGUGAAAUUAGUCAGUUCCUUCACCUCCUUUGACGUAUGCACAAUUCCGGUUUGAAAGACGUAUCAGAAUCUCAGAAAUAAUUACGUCUGCAGUCUUCGUAAGACGGCUACAUGAAGUCGAAUGAGCCUAAUCUAAAUUAAUUUAUCUUGGAAGUUUAGGUUAAGCCAUUAUAUUUUUGUAUUAAAGGGAAUAUUCUGCUUUGUAUUGCUUCAUCCCCACAGCCCCCAGUUGUUAAAUACUGUUAUAUAUUUUGUUAUUAUUUUAUAAAAAAAGGACACCUGGCAAUUUGAGUUCUCUACUGUUUGUAUGUGUGUGAGAGAAUGUGGCUGUUGCUUAUUUGUGCCAAUAUGUUUUUGUUUGUUCUUUUGUGUUGUUUGUGUGUAUAAAUUUGUUCAAUGAUGUGAAGACAUGUCUGUACAUGUAGCCAUGUGCGUUCAUGAGCCACUUUAAAUCCUGUGGAUCACCUGUUCUACAAAUCUUAAUGGAAGAUUUAUUUUAAAUUGUGGAUGUACCAUGUUAUUCUCUUUGUAAUAAAUGUCGAACACUG